GCCUCUUGUGUAUAUAUCCUCCACUUGGUCGGCUUGACGCUGAUUUACAUGAGAACCAAUAAUAAAGGAGCCACAAACACGCUGAAUGUGUUCCUGUUAACGCAAGACAAGGCGAAGACGCGCGUUUUUGUGAUUGCGGAGGAUUUCUACGUGUUCUUUUUUAAACGAACUGUCAAAAGGAGUGUGUAAGCAGAAGACGGUGGAUUUUCCUCUCAGCCAUCUUGACUGCUGCUCGCCGCACUGAAUGCUGUCUCCCCCUGCUUCAUUCAAAGUAAACACAACCGUGGCCGCCGCUCGCAACUCCAUGCAAGCUCCACGGAGACGCGAGAUGGGCUCGCUGCGUGAAAUCUGACCGGACUAAAGGCGGGGGGUGGAGGAUUGACGAGCAGAAAAAGGGAAAGGAGUCCAGACGCGCCACUGCUUGGAGAGAUGGAGCCCGACCUGUUUGGGAUUUACCUGCUCCUGUCUCUCGCGCUCCUGCCCAGAUCCAGCUGCACCACCGCUAAGGAGAUCACCUGCCAGGAAAUAGCCGUGCCUCUGUGUAAAGGCAUCGGCUAUAAUUACACCUACAUGCCCAACCAAUUCAACCACGACACGCAGGACGAGGCGGGAUUGGAGGUCCAUCAGUUUUGGCCUUUAGUAGAGAUUCAAUGCUCACCCGAUCUUAAGUUCUUCCUGUGCAGUAUGUACACGCCGAUCUGUCUGGAGGACUACAAAAAGCCGCUCCCGCCAUGCAGGAGCGUGUGCGAGAGAGCCCGGGCCGGCUGCGCGCCCCUCAUGAGGCAGUAUGGCUUCCCUUGGCCGGACCGCAUGAAAUGUGAUCUACUCCCGGUGCAAGGCAACUCCGACACGCUUUGCAUGGACUAUAACAGAACAGACUCGACCACCGUGUCGCCCGUUCUGCCCAAGCCCACCAACCAACCAGCGAAGGGCUUCAACCCACCUAAAAUUAAGCCAGGUAGACCCAGUCCGCCUAGGAAGUACAAGCCGGCAGCGUCCCCCUGUGAGUCGGGAUGUAAAUGCUUGGAACCCAUGGUGCCGGUCAACACGGAGCGCCACCCGCUGUACAACCGCGUGAAAACAGGCCAGAUUACCAACUGUGCCAUGCCUUGCCACAGUCCCUAUUUCACCCACGACGAGAGGGCUUUCACCGCUUUCUGGAUUGGCCUCUGGUCCGUACUGUGCUUUGUGUCAACUUUUGCCACAGUUGCAACCUUCCUCAUUGACAUGGAGCGCUUCAAGUAUCCCGAGAGACCCAUCAUCUUCCUCUCCGCCUGCUACAUGUUCGUGUCGGUGGGCUACAUCGUCAGGCUCAUCGCCGGGCACGAGAAGGUGGCCUGCAGCAGGGACUUGGAUGUGGAGCACAUUCACUACGAAACCACGGGACCGGCGCUUUGCACGGUGGUCUUUCUCUUGAUUUACUUCUUCGGCAUGGCGAGUUCCAUAUGGUGGGUCAUCUUGUCUUUGACUUGGUUCCUCGCAGCUGGGAUGAAGUGGGGCAACGAAGCCAUCGCCAGUUAUUCACAGUACUUCCAUUUAGCAGCGUGGCUCAUCCCCAGCAUGAAAUCCAUAGCGGUACUGGCUCUGAGUUCCGUGGAUGGAGACUCCGUAGCCGGGAUCUGCUAUGUUGGCAACCAGAACCUUGACAAUUUGCGUGGUUUUGUCUUAGCCCCUCUGGUGAUUUAUUUAUUCAUAGGCACCAUGUUUCUCUUGGCUGGAUUUGUCUCUCUAUUCAGGAUCCGUAAUGUCAUCAAGCAAGGUGGCACCAAAACUGACAAACUGGAAAGACUCAUGAUUAGAAUCGGAGUCUUCACAGUGCUCUACACGGUUCCAGCCACCAUCAUUGUGGCGUGUUAUUUCUAUGAGCAGCACAAUAGGCAGAACUGGGAAAUAACCCAUAACUGCUCCAACUGUUUACACGAGAGGGACCGCAGUAGGCCGGACUAUGCCGUCUUUAUGUUAAAGUACUUCAUGUGCCUUCUGGUGGGCAUCACAUCCGGGGUUUGGAUCUGGUCCGGGAAGACUUUGGACUCUUGGAGGACUUUUUGUACCAGGUGCUGUUGGGGGAGCAAGGCCACGAGCGGCUCCAUGUAUAGCGACGUCAGCACGGGACUAACGUGGAGGUCCGGCACGGCCAGCUCUGUGUCUUGCCCCAAGCAGAUGCCAUUGUCACAGGUUUGAAGAAAACAAAAAGUAAAGCAGCUUACGGGACUGCUAAUUGUCUGGGAGAUAACCCAUCACACCCUGUCUUAAGCAAUUUGCAUUGUAAUGAACUGCUGCUGAGGUGCUGCUCUCCCCAAACUGUAGUGAGAAGACUGAAACAAAAAAAGUUUAAUUCCCCCUUGUUUAUAUGAAUUAGGCUCAUCUCCAAUUUUGGGGGCAUUACUUCUUUUUGCCAGUUCUUAACAAACUUCAUACAAAGAGCAUUUUUUGUUUUUAAAUAACCUUUUUUGUACCUAUCUUGUGCCAGAUGUUAAAAUGUCAAUCACAUCAAAGAUGGUUUAAAUUAAGCCUUAAUAGUGCCCAGUGUAUGUUUUUUUUUUUUUUUUUUUUUUUUACGGGUCAUUCAUUUUGUAAUUUCAAAAAUGUAUUUAUAUAAAGCUUAUGUAAAUUUGUGUAUA